AUGCGCGCCCCGACAGAUGGGUACACUGGCUCCCUCCCUCCCCCUUCUUCCCUCCUCCAUGGUUACUUUGAAAGCAACCCGCAGGUUGGGCACAGGUGGUGUUGUUCUGGUACGCUCGCUCUCCCAGUCACCCUGUCAACACCCACCGACACCCCCAGAUUACCCGUCCCAUUUUUUACGCAGUCCACGCACAGGAACAUCGUUUUGCUCGAUGACGACGACAAGCUACAGGCCUCGGGAUUUGAGGCUCCGCUGACGCGUCGACUGGAGGAUGGGACUGAGGCCACGGAAGCCGAUGGUGGCAGCUCCAAACGUCGUGAUCGCAGUUGA